AUGCAUUGGUUGGAGACAGGCCAGAUCAUGGUGUGCACAGGGACUAGCAUGUCCCCAACUGGGAAAACCACAGUUCUCCUUUCUGCAGAAUUAGUUUGCAUGCACAGGCCCAUUGGUGCCGAGGACUUGGCAGGACCAUGGAUAGAUGUGACCACGGCUGUGCAAUGCUUGGUGGCUUGGGAUAGUUUGCAGAAUGUCAAGGCGGACCUUCCAGGUUUCUACAACCCAGUACCCCUGGAUUUGGACGUGGAGCUUAGCCUCUACGUGAAGUACCAGUUCAAAGAUGCUCCACAUGAGGUUACAGUGGGAGAUCAUGAAUCGCUUUCGCUGCCAAUGAGGAAGGACCUCAUUGCAAAGAGUGCGCGCCCGCGAGGGCCUUUCCCUUCUGCCAAUGCUGACCUGCUGAUGCGCAGAAGGCAAUGUGCAGCAGUCGCUCCACGACUUCGACUCCUGUCGCCAGAGGAGGCACUUCAGAAGGUGGUGCAGGCUCACCUGGUUUGGCGGCUGCAUGGCCAGUCUGGGGACGUCUCCAAGCGUGAGUACCGCCUCAUGAUGCUCUGUACAUGUGCCGUGGCAGCGUCUUUCGGCCUCUUCUUAGUACUUCGUUGA